AUGGCCUCCUCGAUACCUCGCUCCCGCUGCCUCUUCUCCGCCACCCCCCUCCACGCUCUCCCGCGCCCAAGAAUACCACCACCGCAGUGCGCUCGGACCUUCGCCACUACCUCUGAUCCCCCGCAACAGCCCCCCAAGUCCUCGCGGGCCCGCACCACAUUCAGCGACACGCUCAACGCGGGUCCCUCCUUUGGCGACUUUGUAAGCCCAGACGCCCCGCUCGCCCCCGCCGAGGCCUACGAGAUCAAAACCGCCCAGGUCGGGCCAGAAGGCCGCAAGAAGACCAUCACCCGCCUGCCAGAGUGGCUGAAGACGCCCAUACCCUCGAACCAGAACUACAAGAAGAUUAAAAAGGACCUGCGAGGUCUGAACCUGCACACUGUCUGCGAGGAGGCCAAAUGCCCAAACAUCUCCGACUGCUGGGGCGGGAGCUCAAAGAGCGCGGCUACGGCUACAAUCAUGUUGAUGGGCGAUACAUGUACGCGCGGAUGUCGCUUCUGCUCGGUCAAGACGUCGAAAGCACCAGCGCCGCUCGAUCCCCACGAACCUGAGAACACCGCCGAAGCACUACGGAGAUGGGGGUUGGGCUACGUCGUGUUGACGGCCGUGGACCGAGACGACCUCGCAGACGGAGGAGCGCGACACGUCGCCGAGACCAUCAUGAAGAUCAAGCAAAAGGCGCCGACGAUGCUGGUUGAAGCGCUCGUGGGAGAUCACGCCGGAGACCUCGAGAUGGUGAAGCUAGUUGCGAACAGUGGCCUCGACGUGUUCGCCCACAACAUCGAGACGGUCGAAGCCCUUACACCAUUCGUCCGCGAUCGACGAGCAAAGUUCCGCCAGAGUCUGGAUGUUCUGCGCACGGCCAAGGAGACACAGCCAGAGCUCAUCACCAAGACGAGCAUCAUGUUGGGGCUGGGCGAGACCGAGGAUCAGCUAUGGCAUGCUUUGCGAGAACUCCGCGCAAACAACGUCGACGUCGUGACGUUCGGCCAAUACAUGCGCCCCACAAAACGCCACAUGGCCGUCCACAACUACGUCACCCCCGACCAAUUCGAGACAUGGCGUGUGAGAGCUCUCGAGCUGGGCUUCUUGUACUGCGCUUCCGGCCCGCUCGUGCGGUCGAGUUAUAAGGCCGGCGAGGCGUUUAUCGAGAACGUGCUCAAGAAGCGCAGGCUGGGGAAUGCUGGGCAGGGAGAGGCUGCUGAAGUUAUGGCUGAGCAGACGUUGUGAGGAUUGCAUGGAUGGAGUUGGGUGCUGGUGUAUGUUAUGAUAUAUGGGCUGGCGUUUGGGGCGUAUCUAUGCUAGAUGGCUUAGUCUUUCUUGAUUCACAUAUUCAACAAUUUUGAAGUGCUUUCAACGCACCAAUGCCAUGGAGAUGUUCUCCGUCUUGGCAGUUUUUCAAAGG